ACGCAGCCCUGGGCUCUGCGGCGUGUGUGUGCGUGUGUGUGUGUGCGUGUGUGUGUGUGGGAGGGAGUGAUCCAUGGAGUAGGUCACACUCCAGAGUCCGGACGAAGAAAUCUGGGGGAAAUUAAAAGUCCAACUGUCCUGCCAUGAGAGUUCAAGAGGACUGCGAACAUGCGGAAAACUGUGCGAAUCAGAUGCUGCUUAACCAGCUGAGAGAGAUCACUGGCAUUCAGGACCUCCAGGUUCUCCAGCGUGUCCUGAACGAAAGCCAGGGGGACAUUAGCCAUGCUGUUGGGCUCCUCACCACACAAACAGAGGAGAAGGAGCAAGUACAAGAGGAAGCUUCUACUGCAGAUCCUCACACAGAAUCUUCUAAUCAACACAGCAACGCAGCUAAUGAUGAACUGCAAGUUGCAAUUGAGCUCAGUCUUCAGGAGUCUCAGCAGGCCGAGGCAGAGGAGAGAGAGCUCCACAGGGCUCUGGAGGCCAGUGCUGAGGAGAACGCAGUUCGUGUGAAGAGGAAGAGGAACGAGGCGUCAGGAGAGAUGUGCAGUCCCGCAGACUGGAUCAGGCAGGAGGGAUGGCCUGUGGGCAUCCGCAAUGUGGGAAACACCUGCUGGUUCAGCGCCGUCAUCCAGUCCCUGUUCCAUCUGCCGGUGUUUCGCAGACUGGUGCUCAAUUACUGCCUGUCUGAGCGCGUGCUGGAGAAAUGCAAGAGCCACUCUGAGAAGAGAAACGUAGCGUUCAUGCAGGAGUUGCGAUGCCUCUUUGCCCUGAUGGUGGGCUCUAAUCGCAGGUUUGUGGACCCCUCUGCAGCUGUGGAGCUCCUCAGGGACGCUUUUAGGACCAGUGAGGCACAGCAGGAUGUUAGUGAGUUCACACAUAAGCUGCUCGACUGGCUUGAGGACGCCUUCCAGCUGGCAGCUAAUGGCAGUAAUCCAGAUGAUAAGCAGGACAACCCAAUGGUCCAGCUUUUCUAUGGGACAUUCGUAGCUCAGAGAGUCCAUGAGGGUAAGAUCCUCUCCACCAUGGAGCAGUUUGGACAGUACCCUCUGCAGGUGAAUGGGUUCAACAAUUUGGACGAGUGCCUGGAGGGUGCGAUGGUAGCAGCAGAGAUCGAAUCACUACACUGUGAUCAAACUGUGUCGUCUGGACAGGAGCGAUGGUUCUCGAAGCUGCCACCAGUGUUGACCUUUGAACUCUCUAGAUUCGAAUUUAAUCAGUCUUUAGGACGGCCAGAAAAAAUACACAAAAAGCUUGAGUUCCCUCAGAUUAUCUACAUGGACAGAUACCUUCACAGAAAUGUUGAACAAACACAUGGAAGAAGAGGAGAGGUAAAGAGGCUCAAGGACCAGUUAACAGUUCUUCAGCAGAAACUUGAAAGCUACAAAAACUAUGGUUCGGGGCCGAACAAGUACCCGCUGGCAGACAUGCUGCAGUAUGUUUUAGAGUUUGCCACCUCAAAGCAGACAAACACAAGCACCUCUCCCGCUUCAGCCGGACCUGCCAGCACUCCUGCACACACAGAACCCAGCUCAGAACACACCAGCCAAACAGAAGCAGACGAUGCUGGCUCAUCAGAUGGUUCAGGCUGCACACAGAGCUCUACCCAGAGGACGCCCAUCCACAAGCCCUUCACCCAGUGUAGACCCCCUGCUGACUGGCCUCAGCACCCAGUGCCUGGCAGCGUGAGUGAGGAGGAGCUGCACUUUGUCAGGGGCUGCCUGCAGCGCUGGAGAACUGAGGCAGAGAACAACAUCAACGAGCUCAAGGCCAGCAUUGACAAGGUCAGCCAGGCUCUGGAGGGGAUGUACUCAGAUAACAGUCUGUGUCAGGUGCCGUACAGGCUACAUGCAGUUCUUGUUCAUGAGGGACAGGCUUCUGCUGGUCAUUACUGGGCCUACAUCUACGAUCACACCAAUAAACGCUGGCUCAAGUACAAUGAUGUGAUGGUGACCGAGUCGUCGUGGGAGGAGCUGGUGCGAGACUCUUAUGGAGGAAUGACCAACGCCAGUGCUUACUGUCUCAUGUACAUUAAUGACAGACUGCCACACCUCAUAGCAGAGGACACAGACAAUGAGACAGGGCAGGUUCUCCAAGGCAUGGACUCCCUUCCUUCCAUACUGAAACGUUACGUCCGUGAGGACAACCGUUGGUUCCAGCAGCAACUGAGAGAAUGGGAGGAGCAAUUCCAUCAGGCGUCUCGGGAAGAGCUACAGGUUCCCAUAGCGCAGGCUCCCACCAGCAAAGAGGAGAACACUUCAGAACCAGAGCACCCAAAUCCAGAACCAGACCAAGAACACGGCCAUGAGAUACCUGAAGAACCGACCCCAGAGGCAGAACAGGAGCCGGUCCAGGAUUCAGAAGAGGCCACAACCAGCGUGGUAGCUCUUGAUUCGUCACCAGAGAGGAGUGAGGGGGUAAAGGAGGUUACUGAGGAUGCCACCUCUCUCAGUCUGACCCACAGCCAGCUGGAUGAGAAUCAGAGUUCUGUAUCGACAUCUCAGAAGGAUGAGGAGACAGCAGAAGCAGAGACUGAGAUAAUUAAUCAGACUGAAAGUGAGCACACAGAAACUGAAGCAGCAUCAGACCCACAACCUGAGAGUGAAGAGGCUGAAGAACAGACUGCAUCAGCGGAGGAGAGUCAAGCCGAGGCCAGCCAAGCCGAAGCCAGCCAACCGGAGAAUGAGGUGUCAGAGGUAGAGAUCCCUAAUGUGGGCAAGAUCCUGGUGCUCUCUGAUGCAGACGGAUAUAACGAGGAGAUGAUGCUUACCCCGGCCAUGCAGGGUGUUAUCCUAGCCAUAGCCAAAGCCAGACAAGUCUUUGACAAGGAUGGUCCUGAGGCAGCACUUAUCAAGGCAUUUCAUGAGGAGUACUGCAGAUUGUACGAGUUGUCUCAGCAGGAGAUCACCCCCCAGCAGGACCCUCGCCUCCAGCACGUGUUGGUCUAUCUCUUCCAGAACAAAGCGCCUGAGCGCAUCAUCGAGAGAACUCUGCUGGAGCAGUUCGGUGACAGAAACUUGAGCUUCGAUGAUAGGUCUGUCAGUAUCAUGAGGGAGGCCAGAGCCAAACUUCGUCUCAUCAAACCAGAAGACAUGGACAUGGAGGAGUACAUGCAAUGGCAUGACGACUACAGCAUGUUCAAGACCGUGUUUGCCUACCUGCUGACAGGCCUUGAGCAAUACCAAAAUGGAAAAAUUCGAGAGGCGCUGAUUUAUCUUGCACAUGCUUACCAAGACAAUUCAGCACUUCUCAAGAGUGGGGAAAAGAGAGGAGUGGACCACAAUCUUAUAGCAAUCUACAGGAGAAAAUGCCUGAAGGAGCUGAAUGAGAAUGCGGCAACGCUGUUUAAAAGCGGAGAAGAGAGCGAUGUGGAGGAGAGCGUGACCAUCAUGAACGACUAUGUCAUCCCCUGCAUGCACCUUAUGGUCAGAGACGGCAUCACGCAGGAGGACAUGGAUGCUAUUGAGGCGAUCAGGAGUCACUGGUGCUCUUAUCUGGGGCAGGAUAUGGAUGAGGUCCAGCAGGAGAAGCUGAGCGAGUUCUUGCCAAGGGUUCUGGACUGCUCGGCUGAGAGGGUGGUGCUGAAAGAGCCACCCAAAGUGAGAAAGUCGCCCCAUGACCUGUGCAGCCGCCUGGCCGCUGUCAUGGAGUCCAUCCAUAGCACAUCAGUCGUCACUGUGAAGUGAGCACACGCAGAGGAGGUGACAUCAUGGCGACAUCAUGGUAAUAUGCCACUGUUUAGCCCCUGAAUCCUGCUAAAUGGUCAACCACUGGUUUUCUAUCGUUGCACUGAAUAUAGAGCUGUGUCGUUUUUUAUACAUAUUUUUAACAUGCAUUGGUCGACCCUGACACUUCACUGCAUAGUCUAGUAUUUGCAGAACUAUUGUUUGGUCAUGUCAUGUUCUUUUAACAUGUUUGAUCUCAGGAAAGAUCAAUCGGAUUUUAUUUUGUUGCACAGAAUACCUUUUCAUCAUGAAGGCCGGGUAUUUGGGGAAAAAAUGCUCAAUAAUUUUCACAUGUACUGUAGAAUGGCAUUGGUGUGAAAUUAGUCCAUAGUCACCAUAGUCACAUUGUUUCAGAUUGCUCUGCUGGUUUUCCACUCCUCUGUUUCUUCCCUCUAAGCCUGUGCUGACUCCCAAUAAACUUUCUCUCACUUUGUUGUACUCUG